AGAAGUAUAGUCGCGUAUAAAUUGUUUAGUUAUUUUUUUAUAUUAGACGCGAAACAUAAGUAAGCCUUAGUAAAAGUGUCUAAAUAAUAUCGCUAUAUAUCUCCGAUGAAUAAUUGCUACUGUGUCUUGUGAGGGCCAACCAUGGUCCAACUUUGACAUAAUUUGAUCUUUAUGACGGAUGUUCAAAGAAAAGUGGUGUUUGGUCGGUGAAAGUUUUGUUUUAAAUGUUGCGUGCCAAAUCGUGAAGUAAUGUCCCUCGUCAUUGGGUUGUAAUUAAUGAUAUUUAUUUUAUCGACGUCGCAUGCUAAGCAGAUAGACGAUUUCAUUUUUUGUUUGGGUCAAACUUGCAAGCAGCCGUGAAGAUGGCCCUAAAAGUGCAACCAAAAAACGACCUCGAUUUCAUUUUGAGGAACCUGUUAGCAGGAGGUGUGGCCGGUAUGUGUGCUAAGACCACAGUAGCCCCACUGGAUAGGAUUAAAAUAUUACUACAAGCUCAGUCGGCUCACUACAAGCAUCAUGGUGUGUUUGGAGGUCUAAUGGCUAUUGUGAAACAGGAGUCUUUCAUAGCUCUGUAUAAAGGCAAUGGUGCACAGAUGGUCAGGAUAUUCCCGUAUGCCGCGACACAGUUCACAAGCUUCGAGAUUUAUAAAAAGUACCUCAGCGGGCUAAGCAUACCACUAGUCCAGCAUGGUGACAAAUUCCUCGCUGGAGCGGCUGCCGGAGUGACGUCAGUGACCCUCACAUACCCUCUCGACACGAUCAGAGCGAGACUCGCCUUCCAGAUAACGGGAGAGCACAGAUAUACGGGCAUCGCGCAUGCCGCGACUACCAUGUUUAGAACGGAGGGCGGUAUACGAGCUCUAUACCGCGGGUUCGUCCCCACAAUGGUCGGCAUGGUGCCGUACGCAGGGUUCAGUUUCUACUGCUUCGAAUCGUUAAAAUACUUCUGUAUGAAGUAUCUGCCAACUACUCUGUGUCGAAAGUGUGAUCGAAAUACGGGCGGUCUAGUACUAACAGUACCGGGUAAGCUCCUAUGCGGCGGGCUCGCGGGCGCCGUGGCUCAGUCGGUCUCGUACCCGCUCGAUGUGACGCGCAGACGUAUGCAGCUAGCCGCUAUGGACCCCGCUACUAGGCACUUUGGUAUCGGCAUGUUCAAAACCCUCGCUCACAUAUACCGGGACAACGGUAUAGUGAAGGGUUUAUACCGCGGUAUGAGCAUCAACUACUUACGUGCUAUACCGAUGGUGGCCACUUCGUUCUCGACUUAUGAGCUCAUGAAACAAUUACUGAACUUGGAUACGGGAAUAAGUGUUUAAUAUUCGUUGUGCUUGCGAUUUGACUUCUUGUUUUUUAUGUAACGAUAUUUUUUUGGUAAUUUUUUUGUUGAAAAGGUUAAACGGUUGUUAGCUAAAGAAAAUCUUGGUCAGAUCAAGAUUUGUGAAAUGUUUCGAUGUAAUCGAUCAGUUUUAGUUUCGAACGUUGAGCGGUAUAAUCUAUUUGUUAAAUUUACACUUAGUGACUUUCUGGAUGUCACGUGUAGAGCUUGAAGCCUGUUAAUUUUUUGAAGUUAUACUUCUUUUGGCGCGAUGGAGAAAAACGAUGAGAGUGAAUUUUUACGAUGCGCGAGCACACCGACAACUAAAUUUAACAGAAUGAAGUUAGUUCCUUCUAUGUGGUAUGAAAAUUGAUAACUAUGUUCAAGUUGUAUAUUCUAGUAUUUUUUUCCAUACGCCAAAGAAGUAUAACUUCUAACGCGUGUACAUAAGUACACACACACUCUUAUUUAAUUCUGCACAAGUAUUGUAAUAACUUAUAAGAUAACUGAUCAAUUUGUAUAAUAUCUAUCUGUAUAGGUUGGCAUGUGUUACAGCUUAAAGUUUUCUGUUAAAAUUAAUUUAUUUUAAAAUAUCAUAAUGUAAUCGCAAGCCGACAAAUAAAUACUUAAGAAUGUGAGAAUACGGGACGUAAUAUUGUAUGUAAUAUAUAUGUUAUUUACAAAAUAGGAUAACGGUUCUACCUAUGGACAUUAUUAUACAGGGAAGUAAUGUGAUCAUCCUUUGUUGAGUGAGUUGACUGAGUCAGGUUUUGAAUUGCAUAUAAGCUGAGAAAAUUUCAGACAGGUUUAAUUGAAAUUUUAACAAAAAUUUUACAAAUUGACUUCAAUUUUUGAAAUUGGUUAUUUGUAAAAGUAGUGUACUGGGAUAAUUAUAAUGGUAUUACUAAAAUAUCGUUUGUAGAUAUUAUAUAGUUUGUUUCUAAUUUUAUAAACUCCAUUGUAUUCAGAUGUUUCUUCCUUAGAUUAUUUAAUUCAUGGAAACAAUAAUAGGAUGUUAAAUUAUCCUAAACUAGCUUACCGCCCGCGGCUUCGCCCGCUUUGUCUAAAACCUAAUAAAUUAUAUACUAAAACCUUCCUCUUGAAUCACUCUAUCUAUUAAAAAAACCGCAUCAAAAUCCGUUGCGUAGUUUUAAAUAUUUAAGCAUACAAAGGGACAUAGGGACAGAGAAAGCGACUUUGUUUUAUACUAUGUAGUGAUUAAUUUCUUAAUUGCCCCAGUGCACUUUUUUCUUUGCAAUUAAUUAAUGAGAAGAGUAUUUAUUGGUUUGGGUAGAAUAAGUAUGGUCUCUGUUUUCCACGGUAUAUGAAAUGUAUGUAAUUGUAGAUACUAAGGAAACCAGUAUUUUAAGUAAUUUCAUAGAGAUAAGGCUCUGGUUGUAAAAUAGCAUUUAAAUAUUAUAUUAUUAGUUAGCACAACUAUGUGAAAUUUAUCAAAGCUCUCAAUCUUUAUUUGUUAAGUAGUUAAAUUAUGAGGUAAAAAUUAUAUUUUGGAGAUCCAUGUGAAUAGCUUUAACUUUUUAAAUGUUACAUAAGAUGUAACUUAUUUCACUAUAAGAGGCUUAUAUAAUAACGGUCUUACUAAUAAAAUGUUACCCAUUCGCUAUGCAGUGGAUUAGUUAUGUGUCUUGUUUUUAUGAUUGACGUUUCAUGUGAGCAAGAGCUGGACACAGCUAUGGUUGAAUAUGUUAGAAAUUUAUCCAUUGUAUAACUUUUUAUUAGUAAGGCCGUAAAUAUUUAUUUUUGUAUGGUUAACUCUUUCUGUUAAAUUUUAAAAGGUCACAGCUCUGUAUUCUAUAAUUUGGGCGUUUUUGGCAUUGUUAACAUUUUGUGUGCCGAUCAUCAAAUCAUAUUUAUUGAAAAUAUAUGUUUAAAUUAAACAGUA